ACUAUCAUUUAAAUUUAAUUAUAUAUCAUAUCAAAUAGAAAUAUAUUUUUUUGAUUUAUAAAAUUUAUUUAUAUGUUCGCACCAAUUUAAUUAUAUAAGUAGUAGAUAAUGACUUUUUAAGUAUUCAAUAUAUAUUUAUUAUUUCAUAAUAUGUUAUAAACAGAUCUGAGUUAGACUUUGGGAAGUCUUUUAAAGUGUUUUAUGCUAAAAGACUUCGCACGAAGUCUUCAGGAAGUCUUUCGAAGUCUUCUGCCUAAAGUGGUAAUUCUUUUGGAUAUGUAUUAUGUGUGUUUUAUAUAUUAGAUUCUAAAAAAUUAUAGAUUCAACCUAAUGUGACUUUUUUGUUUAUUAUCUAAGCUUAAGAUUUAUUUUUGAAGUUUUCUCUAUUUUGAAGUCUUUUGAAUGAUUUUAAAUAUGCAGAUUUUUCAGAUCUGAGUCAGAAUUUGGAAGACUUCUCAAAAAACUUUUGGAUGACUCUCGGAAAACUCUCGGAAGACUUUUUGGGAUGUCUUUUAAUGUAUUUUAUGCCUGAAUACUUCCCACGAAGUCUUCAGAAAAUCUUCUGAAGUCUUCUGCCGAAAAUGGUACAAAAGGAUGAUAUCAAGUGGAGACAAAGCUUAUCUAUGUUGAAGAAUGAUAUCUAGCUCAAUGUGUAAUAGUUUUGUUUAUGGUAUAUUUUAUGAUUUGUAUGUGUACUAUUUUAGUUGUGAAUUCUUUUGUAAACUUGAAGAGAUGUUAAUCAAAAGAAUUUGGUAUGUUUUGCCAAAGUACUUGACUUUAUUGAAAUUAUUGAUACAACAUACCAAUAUUUUUUUUUAACCAUUCUACCCACUAAUAACACAAAAACUUAGUUACAUUUAAUAAAACUAAGAGAGAAAACUUCUCAAGAAUACUUAGUCAAAUUUACAAAAAAUCAAAAUCAAACUUUAAGUGAAAGAUGAAAUUUUAAAUCUCGUGGAAGUUUAAAAUUAUAUCUUAUGAUCUAAAAGACACAUUAAACUACAUUGAAGUUACUUAACACUAUUGAAAGUUAAAAAAAAACAUACCUUUAAGUUACUUAACACUCUUGAAAAAUCUAACGUAGAAGAAUUCUCCAAAAGUCUUCUCGAAUUAACUAGAAACAUUAGUAAACAUUAAUAUUUGAAAUAUCAUAAUUAUCACCAAAUAAGUUAUGAAUUUCAUCCAGAAACUCCAAUAGUGACUAAUAUACAUUAAUUAAUAAGAAAAUAUUCAAAAUUCAUUUUAAAUAUACAGAAAAUAAAAGAAUAUUUAAUAUUGACGUAAAAGUCUUCCUGAAGAAGACUUCUUAGAAAAUCUUCCAUUUAGGUCGUUUUUGCAAUUGCAAAUUUACAAAGAAAUACUUCUAGAGAAGUCUACUCUACAGCAGACAUCUUGAGAAGUCUUCCUUUGUAAAUAUUGACUUACUUUUGAAUUUGAAUAAUCCUCGAAAAUACAAGAGAAGACUUCUUUGGCAAACAAGUUAGUUUUGCAAUUGACCAAAGUUCUACAGAUAUUGGAUUUUUUUAGAGAAGUUUUAUGACGUUCAGAUGAAGUCUUCUCACUCUCCCAAGAAGUCUGCGUAUGUUACUUUUGAAAUUGACUUUAUUUAACUUUUUCAGAGAAUUCUUCUCUCGUAGCCAAAGGUUUGACCAAAAACCCGAAAUAAAAUUCGAGAAAACUUCUUAAGAAGUCUUCUCAUUAAUAUUAAAGUUUUUACUAUUAAUUUUCAAUUGCAAAACUAACCUACACAGACUUCUUGCGAUAGUGAGAAGACUUUAUUUAAUAGUAAAGAAGACUUCCCGAGAAGUCUUCUCCAAGAAGAUUUCUCAGGAAGUCUUCUAUAAAAAGUCAAAUUUCUGACAAACUUUGGUCAAUUGCAAAACUAACUUAUUUAUCCGAGACGACUCUUAUCUUAUUUAUUUUUUCUUAACAAGGAAAACUUAGAAAACUUCUAGAGAAGUCUUCUCUAAAAGCACACAAAAUGUCAAUUGCAAAACUAACAUAUGCAUUGACUAGAAGACUUCUUUAGAUGUCUUUUCGUUGGAGAAGACUUCUAGAAGAGUCUUCUUCGCAAAAUAGAUCUGAACAAAAAAUAUCAUUUUUAGAUCUGGUGAAAUUCAUGUAUAGCUUUUACAAGCACACAUAACUUCUUAAUGGAAGUUACUCACUCGUUCUUGACCAUGAAUCAUGAACUUGAGUAACUUUAAUAAGAUUAUAGUUUUUGAAAAGAAAAAAAAUUGGAUGAAAUAAGAGAUAAAGUGAAAGGGAAAUGGUUUAUGUGCGUAAAACAUAAGGAUACGAAGAUGUGUAUGUUGAUUUUAGGUGCAUUUAGAACAUGCAAUUGGUUGUUCAUGGUGGUUGGUGUUUUGAUGACAAUAACAAUAUUGUAAAUAAAUGAGAAAGAUAAGGAUGAAUGAGUAAAACUCUGAUUCUGAAAAAAAAAAUGAUAUUUUCGUGAAUAACUCAAAUUUUUAUGAUGAAUAUAACAAAUGAAAGUUUCAAAAGAAAUAUUGAUUAAUUUUCUGUUUAAUUUAAAAUUUUAAGUCAUAUUUGAAAUUUAAUAAAAAUAAGGUUAUAUUUAAAAAAACCCCUAGAAUCUAUGAAACCUCACUGAUUUCACAUUUACAAUUUCCCGCAAUUUCCCGUUCUUGAAAGAAUAACUAAGCCAGAAACAUAAUUUAAUUACGACAGAUAUCAAGUUGACCACAGUAUUUAUAAAGAAUGGCUUUGUAUUAAAUAUCGAGGCCGCAUUUAAUUAAGAUAAAGCUAUUAAAAAUUGAAAUGCUUAUGUAUAGGCUUACAUCAUCAAGAUGCUGUUGUAUAGGCUUACCACGACCAAAUGUCUGGGAGGAGAAAGGGAAAAUCAUCUUCCACCUGAUUUCCACAAGCCUCCAACAAUUUCUUAAUGCUGACUCAUAUUUCAGUAUGUAAAAAUCAUCUUAUUAUAGUUUUAGUAUUCGUCUUCAAAUCCUACAGAAUAUCUCCAAUGGUGACUGGACCUAGUGCAUGCGUGGAACAUACACUCUUGAACGUGCCAACCUGUGCCCUACAGAGACCUACGUAUUUUUCUUUGUAGUAAAUAUAAGUAUAGCACAUACUUAUAUAAAUAGUCCCAACUAAUCAAAUUGAAACUUCAUUAUAUAGUUUGUUAUAUUUAACAACAUAGAUUUAUUUCUUAAAUCCUAUACCCGCUAUAUAAUCGGGAGACACUAAUAUUCCAUCUUCAAUAGAAAACAUAAGCUAUAAACUUGCCUCUAAUUAAGCAAACAAAAUGUGUGCAUUAGUCCCUCCAUUUUUCCCAAACUUUGGGUGGCCGUCGACGGGUGAGUACGAGAGUUACUACCUGUCCGGAGAGAACCUCGACAACUGCACGUUUUUUGAUUUUCCGGUACCAGAGACUUAUGGACUGGUUCAUCAACAGAACAGCUUAGGGGUUUCUAUUUCGUCGGCAGGAAUUGGAAUAGACAAGAGUCCGGUCGUAAACAAGAAGCUUAAACACAAUGCAAGCGAGCGUGACCGUCGCAAGAAGAUCAACUCAUUGUUCUCAUCUCUUCGUUCAUGUCUUCCAGCCUCAGAUCAAUCGAAGAAGUUAAGUAUUCCCCAAACGGUUUCUAGGAGCUUGAAGUACAUACUGGAGCUGCAGGAAGAAGUGAAGAUGCUGAUACAAAAGAAGGAAGAACUCUUGGUGCGAGUAUCCGGUCAAAGAGCCAUUGAACAGCAACCAAAGGUGGUUGCGCAUUAUGUCUCGACCGUGUCUGCGACUAGGCUUGGAGACCAUGAAAUGAUGGUCCAAAUCUCAUCGUCCAAGAUUAAUAACUUUUCGAUAUCUAAUGUGUUAAGUGGGUUAGAAGAAGAUGGGUUUGUUCUUGUGGAUGUUUCAUUGUCAAGGUCUCAAGGAGAAAGGGUUUUCUACACUUUGCAUCUCCAAGUGGACAAUAUUGAUAAUGACAAGCUGAAUUGCACUGAGUUGAGUCAGAGGAUGUUGUACUUGUAUGAGGAAUGUGGGAACUCAUACUAGAGGAUAACUUUUUCUUGUUUCUUUUAGUUAUGUCGUCCCUUUCUCUUGAACAUCUAACAUUCUUGACCAAAGCAUUGUAAUUGAGUUGUUUCGGUUGACUACAUUUCGAUCCAACAUCACUGGUUAGAAAUACUAAUAUUUAGUUUAGCUGACAAGACUUGUAAACUAGUAGUAAUUCAAUAAACCCAAUUAAUUUUCUUAAAA